AUGAACACACCCACCCCCAAUCCCCACCACACAACCCUCCUCACCAUCCACCAAAUCCUCCACCUAACCCACCACCGCAACAAAAACCAACAUCGCCUCUCAAAAUGGUACAAAUCAUUCAAUAUCCUCCGUCGACAAAUUACCCGUUUGCUCACUCUCGUUCCCGAAUAUGUGAUUGAAUCAUCACGUGGAAAGUCAAAAGUGAAAGGGAAAGCGAAGGAGAAGAAGGAGAGGGAAGAGAGGGAGUUGCAGAAUUUGGUUGGGUAUAUGCGGAAGGAGGUGGUAGGGGAAUGUUAUUUGGCAUUUAGCCAACUAGUAGCUGAUAACCAAUAUGCUACAUUAGGAUUAAUGUUAAUGGGAUGUCUUGCACGUUUAUACAAGAUACUCGAAUCUUUACGAGUCCUAACAGCAGAAGAAAUUGCCGAGAAAACCGGAACACUAAAAGAGGAGGUAAAAGUUAAUGAGCCAGAAAUAGGAGAGGAUUUAGGCGAGAAGAUCGUGAGGGAUGCUCCAGCUUCAGAAGUGAUUGAAGAUACUCAGAAGGAGGAAAAGAAAGAGGAAGAGGAUAGUGAAGUUAAGAAGUCGAAAGUAAAGAAGAGGAAACAGGAGGGUGAAGUAUUGGAACGAAAAUCUUCCAAGUUAUCUUCAUUAGAUUCGACGCCGGCGAAACCGCCAAAGAAGAAGAGGAAAAAGAAGGGUGGAGAUGCUUUUGAUGAUUUGUUUGAUAGUUUGAUGUAA